AAUGGGUGAUAAGGAAAUAGAAUGCUCAAUUUGCUCCAGCAGAUGGUUUAGCAUGGACGUUGUGGCCUUACCAUGUUCUCAUGUUUGCUGCUCGGAAUGCUUCAAAGAACUUGAAGAAAAUUAUAAAGACAACUUGAGAAUAGACUGCCCAUCUUGUCAAGUAAUGAUGACCUUUCCAAAAGACGAUUCGUCCUUUCCUUAUUAUUUCAAUGAAACCGAUUCAAACAUAUCAUAUGAUAUAGUUGUUGAAGUUCCUAAUGUAUCUGAAAUUAUAAUUUCAGACUUGAAUGAAAAAUUACCAGACAAUAAAGAUCGUCAAAGAAGGAAAUUUAAUAAUAACGGAGCUUCUGAGAACUUGAACACUAUGGCUGUAGAAGGAAAUAAACAUGGUCUAUUGAAGCUCGAAAAAACAAUCUUUCUUCCCCUGAACGUAACAUAUGUAGUUGAUAUGGCCAUAGGAAAUAAUCGACUUUAUCUUCUCAGCUUUAUUGGAUCCAUAUUCGAACAAUCAGAGGUCAUAAGUUCUUAUUCUCUAGAUGGAAAGUUUAAUGGUGAUAUUUUCAAUGUAUCACGUUUUCUCAAAGGAUCAGUUGCGGACAGUCUUAGUAUUUAUAAAACGAAACCUAUUGUAUGUUUAUGCUGUUCGCGAUUGAACACUAUAUAUACUGGCGAUUUAAAUAAUUUAGGAUCGACCUUGAGCCCAUGGCUAGAUAUUGAAUCUCCUACUAAACUGUGCAUCACAGUUAAAGGCUUGAUCAUUACAUUCAAAGAAACAACGUCUAUAGGCUUAUAUGACGAAUCGGCAAACUGCUUCUGGAAGUUAAAUUUAGGUAUCAAACUAUUAUCCGCCUGUGCACCGUAUGACGGCGAUUAUAUCUUUGUCAUCGAUGAAAGACAAAAAUUAAUCUUGAGAAAUAUUAUAGACGGUCAAGUCAAGGUUAUUUUUGGUAGUCAAUUGAAAAAUUGUUCGUAUAAUGUAGCACCGCUUCGAAACGGAAUUGCCGUUGCCGAACAACAAUCUCACUGCCUAAAAUUCUACAACAGCAAAGGAAUGUUUGACAAAACUUUAAUUGAUCUUGGUUACAGGCCAGAAAAAGUUACUUCCUCUGAAGAGAACAGCAAAAACAUUAUUUACCUAUCUACAACUGUAAGCCGUGUGACUCGACUAUCUAUUUAUAGAGAAACAUAA